ACAGGAAUAGUAGCCAAUGGUACCCUUUUUGGCAUUUUCCUUUCAAUUCACACAAGUUGCUUCAUUUAGUUCAAGUUUUGUUUCCUUUCUUUACUUUUCUUUUUCAACUACCUCUUGGUCCAGCCUAUUGUUUACUUUUCAAAAUUCCCCAUUUUUCUUUGUUUUACGUGUAAAGUGAUUCAAAACUGAAAUCUAGGAAGGAGGAAGGGAAACAAAAGUUCACCUAACACUUGCUAGAUUGAUAGAUUGAUAGCUUGAUAUAGAAAGUUCAAUUUUUAUUUGAGGGUUUUGUUUAGUUUCAUAUUUCAAGUUUGGUAGUUGAGUCUAUAACACAAAGGGUGCGUGAUAAUGCAAGAGGAGGAAACUAAGGAAGAAGAACCCUUUGCUGAAUCUACAGAGGAAAAUGAACAAUUUCACCCAACAGAGGGUAUUAUUUGGGGUUGGGUGUGCAUUCCAAUCAAUUGGUUUAGAAUGCUUUCAAGGGAAAUGCAUUGGAGCUUUGUGUUUGGUGUGGUUGUUGUUUAUGGAAUAAGCCAAGGACUUGGUGGUUCUCUUGCUGGUGUUGGAACAAAGUAUUACAUGAAAGAUGUUCAGAAGGUGCAGCCAUCUGAGGCACAGGUUUAUGCUGGAAUCACAUCCAUUCCUUGGAUUGUUAAGCCUCUUUGGGGACUUCUCACUGAUGUUAUCCCCAUUUUCGGCUACCGGAGGCGACCUUAUUUCAUUUUUGCUGGUUUCUUAGGAGUAAUUGCAAUGCUUUUGUUGUCCUUGCAUGAAAACCUGCAUCUUGUGUUGGCACUUUUGUCAUUAACAGCUGGAAGUGCUGGGGCGGCAAUAGCAGAUGUGACGAUUGAUGCCUGUGUGGCACAGAACAGUAUCGCUCAUCCUUUACUUGCUGCUGAUAUGCAGAGUUUAUGUGCCUUCAGUUCUUCUGUUGGAGCACUAUUAGGAUUCUCCAUUAGUGGUAUCUUUGUUCACCUUAUAGGCCCUAUGGGAGUGUUUGGUUUGAUGACUAUCCCAUCUGGACUUCUAAUCUUGCUUGGUUUUCUACUUGACGAACCCCAUAUGCACGACUUUUCCUACAGACAGGUGAACCAAAAGUUUAUUGAUGCUGGCAAGGCAAUGUGGACUACUUUGAAGAGCGAAAGUGUUUGGAGGCCUUGCUUAUACAUGUAUUUAUCCCUUGCAUUGAGUUUGAAUAUCCUUGAAGGAAUGUUCUAUUGGUAUACAGAUUCAAAGGGUGGACCAGCUUUCUCUGAGGAAAGUGUUGGUUUUAUAUUCUCCAUCAGUUCAGUGGGAUCCCUUUUGGGUGCAAUACUUUACCAAUAUGCUCUAAAGGAUUAUGCAUUCCGAGACGUUCUCUUCUGGACUCAGUUGCUGUAUGGUCUAUCGGGUAUGCUUGAUCUGGUUCUGGUCCUGAGAUGGAACCUCAACUUUGGUAUACCUGACUAUUUCUUUGUUGUGAUAGUCGAAAGCAUAGCUCAAAUGACAAGUAGGCUCAAAUGGAUGCCUAUGCUUGUGCUUAGCUCAAAGCUUUGUCCCUCAGGUAUUGAAGGCACCUUCUUUGCCUUGCUUAUGUCUAUUGAUAAUGUUGGAGUUCUAUCAUCAUCAUGGGCUGGAGGAUUUGUGCUCCAUGUAUUGAAUAUCACGAGAACACGGUUCGAAAACCUUUGGUUAGCUAUUUUGAUACGGAAUGUUCUGAGACUCAGUCCUCUUUGCUUGCUGUUUUUGGUGCCUAGAGCUGAUCCGAAUGCUCUGAUUCUUCCACGUGAAAGCUUAGACUCCAAGGUAGCUAUUGACCACUCUUUGGAAUCCAAGAAUGUUGAAUUAGUGUCUCUAGUAAGCAGUGUUGAAGGUAAAUAGACCAAGCACUCUUACCUUCUCUUAGUUAGUUAGAUUCUCACAUUAGGAUACAUGAAAAUACCAAGCUAUUGAUGCUUGAAAUUGUGGAGAGAUUGUGGUAUGAAAU